AUGAAUAAAUCUUUUGCAGAUGGACGUCGAAUCAUUGAUGGAAAAGUAGUGAAUGGUAAAGAACCGCACGAGAUGUGGUGUAAUUUGCUAAUUAAUUUGUUCAUAAAAAAUAUUGCAAGACGUUCUGAUGUAUUUCAAGACAUUAGAAAUAUACACGAACGGCGAAAUGAGGAUAGGAGAAUAUCGCCUCUGAUCUUUGACAUUGACAAAAACAGCCUUAGUUUAUUAUUCAGCAGAGACUCUAUCCAUAAAAAUGAUACCAUGAUGAAACCGAUUCUUCCAAAGGAUGCGCUGGAUUCGGAAGCGACAAUGUUGACAGCAAUGUCUAAUUCAAAGAAGAAACAAAUUAUGGGGAACAAAAUGACCAGAUUCAAUGGAAAUAAUGAAGACGAAGAAACUUAUUCUGAUUGA